AUGAAGUACAACAUCGCUCUUGCCGCGUUGGCCACUACUGUCGCCGCUUUGGACUACCCUAUUCUCGGCCGUCAAAACGAUGCGACUGAGGAAUACAUCCAGGAAGUCUGUUACCCUAACACCACUUCACCGGUCCCUCCUUGCCAGGCCAUCAUCAACAUCGAGUCUGCUUGCCAGCCCAACGGUACCAGCUCAUUGGCCUACGAAGCUCACCAGCAAUGCAUGUGCAAUGGCGGAUACUUCCCCAACUGGAGCGGCUGCCUGAACUGCGAGUAUGUGCACGGCACCCGUAGCGAGGCCGUCCGCGAAGCCUUCGAAAACAUCAUUUCCUCUGCGUCGUCGUCAUUCUGCGGUGCUGCUACGCCUACAGCUGUAUUCGCCAAAUAUUUCUCCGCGGUAUCAGAUUCUAGCCCUCAAACCGCAACUUCCGGGGCCACAACCGUCAGCGAUCAGUACCCCAGCCAGACCGCUGUAAGCCUCUACUACACCGCAACCGGUAAUCAGGGACCUGGCGCCAUCACUGGCAGCGCUGCUGAAGCUACUGCCGUUGCUUCUUCCAGCGCCGCUUCAUCAGGUUCAAGCAGCGGUUCUCUGGCUGCCAGCGCUGCCUCAACAAGCAAGGGCUUGACCUCUGCUUCUGCUUCGAGCAGCGCCGCUUCGAAGAUGUCCACAAGCACCUCGGCACACUCGAGCAGCGGCAGCGCCACUGGAUCCUCGUCUGCUGCUUCUUCGUCGGCAGCUGCUCACACUGGUGCUGCCAACGCUGUCGUUGUCAGCGAGGGCUUACUCGCUGUUGUCGCUGGAGCUAUGAUGUUGAUGUAA